ACAAGUCAAGACGAAAAAUUGAAAUUCAAUUUGGUAAUUGGACGCGUUUUGAGCAGAAGCCAAAGCGAAAUGCAGAGUCGUCGUGAGCUCAUGUUGGAGGGUAUCUAUGACUCAGCCGGCGACGAUGACAACGAAGCGGUGCAGCGUCUCGAGGGGGGCGUGGCAAUGCUAGAUGAGCAACAGGCGAGCGAGGAGAGCGGCGAUGAGGCCGGACAGCAGCAGCCGCAGGCGGGGCAGUUGGAAACGUUGGAAUCAGAAACCGAUUGGGAUAAUGAUCUGGACAAGCCGAAUGAUUUUUUGCGCUUCUUUUUACGCAUGGGCUUCGGGGCCGUUAUGCAUCCGUAUGAGUACGCCAAGGUCCUGAUGCAGCUGGGCUACGAGCCGCUGCCGGCUGUGACCUCCACCAGUUGGCUGGGCCGCUCGACGCUGUUCCUGCCGAGCGUGCAUCAGUAUAUACGCUAUAUCCGGCAUACGGAUGGCUUUGCCGGACUCUAUCGUGGGUUGGGGCCGCGCAUUCUGAGCAGCGCCAGCUCGGCUCUGUUCUCGGAGAGCUUGGUCCAUCUGGUUGGCUGGAAACAGCUGGAGAAGCCGGCGCAUCCGUUUCGUGAGUACGUCUCGAAUAUGCUGCGUGAUGGGAUUAUUAUUGCCACCGGUUUGGCCAUAUCGCAUCCGUUCUAUGUGAUCUCGGUGCGCCAAAUGGCCCAGUUUGUGGGCCGCGAGGUCGUCUAUUCGACAAUCCGGGGUAGUGUGCGCGAGAUUUUGGCCCAGGACGGGCCGCUCGGCUUCUAUGCGGGCUUUGUGCCGCGCCUACUCAGCGAUCUGGGCGUGCUCUUCUGCACCAGCACGCUCAGCGCCAUCUGCAAUCGCGUCUUUAUGCUCAAGUCCGAUCAGCGGGAGUACAACUCGGCUCUGCUUCAGUUUGGCGCCAUUAUGCUGCUCUAUCCACUUCAGGUUGUUGGCGCCUGCAUGGCCUGCUCCGGCUCGGGCGUGGCUGCCGGCGCACCGCCGUUUAUGCCCAUAUAUUGCCAGUGGAUCGAUUGUCUUACGGAUUUGAUGGCACGCGGGGAUCAUUAUCGCGGCGCCUUCAUCUUUCGCCGCACUUUGCCCAAAAUGCAAGCCCAGCGUGUCUACGAUCCAUAUAGUGUUUCGCGCAUGAUUUAAAUAACCCGAGUUUAUUGAAAUUUCUUUGUUCAUUUGUUAAACCAUUAAAAAUUUGUGUU